AGAAGAUGAACACCAUACCCAAAGAUGAUUCUACCGAUUAAAACAAAGACCUUCUGGAUAAAAUGGUCCUUGAACUCACGGUUUUAUAAAUAAGGGAACUUAGAUCUUUACCAUGGAGUCAGAUCAACGGGUUUUGCCACCCAAAACAUCACCUGUAACCAUCGAGGUGUCGUUGAACCAUCGACGAAAAGACCUUCCGGCAAACAGUAUCGCUGCGGUACAAGUCAAACACGAUGCCACUGUUUCUAUGAAGAUACCUCUCUUAAAACAGCCUCGAUAUCGCUCAGAGGCUUUUCUUGCCAUUUCACCUUCACUACCGAAUCCUAAGGAAGUCAAGUUUCGCAACUCUGUGGAACACAUUCCAACUGGCUCGAAGACUGUGUCGCAAGGAUCUAAAUUCGCAAGGGGAGCUUUAAAAGCAAGUGGGGAGGAGUGCAAUCGGUGUGUUUUUUAUCAUAGUGGAAAAGAAAAUGGUGAAAUUGACUUCAAACGACAUGAACCAGAGGAUCCUAAAUCGAAGAGGACAUCCUUGAAUGGAGGUGGAUCUGAAGAGAAAUCACUGAGGAAACAGAGGGCGCUUGAUAUAGACACAACAAGACAUUGCUCACCUCUACGACGACAAGGAAGGGUGCAAUUUGAAAUUGAUAGUGUUUCCCCAAACGGUCAAUCUACUCUUGGAAAUUUUUCGACUGAAUCAUUUGUAGACUCCAAAUCGUGCUCUUUGGAAACUGAAAAAGUGAUGGAAGCUAGCAGGGAAGAAAAUUCUGGCAGUGAAUUAAGUCCAAUCAGUGAGCUCAAAAAGUUUAUAGAAGAUGAGAAAGAACAACAAAAUCAACCAAAGGAGGCAGCCACGAAAGAUCAAGGUGAAUUGUUGGAAACCAGUACGGAUUCCCUUGAAUCUGGAUCAGAGAUCAAUCCGUUGUGGGUUCUAGAUUCGAUUACAGCGUCUGUAGAAAAAUGCAAUUCUCCUGCCUAUGAAACAAUUUUUGAAGAGGAGGUAGAUAGUGAAAUAGUGUUAGAUAGUCAUUCUGAUGGAAAAAUAGAAACUUCUUCACCUGGAGAAGAGGGAGUAGAGAACAUAUCUGGUGCUACUGCAGAUGUUAAAACAGUUCCCCAGAAGGAGGGAUAUAAACGACUUUCGCAAGGGAGUGAUGGAUCAUUUGGAUUCGAACCACAAUACGAAGAGGAUUUCAGCGGAUACGUGGAAGGAAAGGAAUACUUUAAGAACUUGCCAACAUUCCAUCGUUUAUUGACAAGUGCAGAAAAGGAGGAACUUGAUGAUGUGCAAAUCCAAAAGAACGAGUUGAUCACUUUGCGACUUGAAGAGCAGAUACCAGGACUCCAUGAGCAAAGUGACUAUGCCCAGGAUAUGAUGGAUACUCACGCAAUGAGGUCGGAAUACUGGGACUAUCCAUAUCCCUCUCAAAGUGAGGCCUUUGACAAGGCCCUGAGGUCUGAAGAUAAAAGAAGUCAACUGCUCGAGAAUAUGAGAAUGAAGAUCCGUGGGCGGUUAAGACAACCUGGCAAUUCAAGUAGCGACAGUGGUUGUCAGGACACCGAUGCUAACCAUAGUUCACUUGAUGAAUCAGAUGCUACGAAUCGUUUGCAUUCCAACAAAGGACAGUGCCAGGAACAGGCCAAGUCACAGAUUGAAAAAGAACAAACAAAUUACACGUCCGAUUCGGGUGUAGAUAGAGAAGAAUCUGAUGUGAAAAUAAGAACCUCUUUAAAGACAGAAUCUUCUUCUCUAGAUCAAUCUUCUUCAAACAGAAGGCAAAUUCUUGAAGGUCUUCAGAAACUAAUUACAUCUUCAAAGAAAACAGAGUACAGUUUGCCACAAGACAAUAACCAUCAUCCUGAUACGCAAAUUAAUAACAUUGGUCUCGUUUCUCUGACUGGAAAUGGACCUUCUAUCCCUGCAAGGCCGAUGGCCCUUGGACAGCUCAAAUUCGUGCAUUAUGAAAACAUAACUAUUGUUAAGAAACGUGUUGAUGAAGAUGAUAGUGAAGUACAUCCCAAUACCCCGAAUGGUAAUCAAGGUGCAAAAGAAAAUUGCAGGACCAUAAAGGACGAGAAAAUGGGAAAUCAAGAAUCUAUUGUAGAACCCAUCGAUAUUGAUUUAUCAGAUCCAGAUGUAUUAGAAGCAACGAAAAGAAUGCAAUUGGCCUUUCGGAAGAGAAGGGAACUCCAUGGGUCAAAAAAGUUCAGAUCAAUGCAGAGAAUGCGAGCCGAAUCAGAUUCGGUUUCCUAUAGAUCUUUAGGCAUUUGUAGUUCAGCGUCUUUGGAAAAUCAUAAUCCAUUUCAGGUUGACACUCCCACAGAGAACAGAGGGGUUCAGAUGAUCAGACACCAUUCACUUCCAAUCGAUUUCGCCAAUUCUCAAGCUCACAAAAAUGUAAGAGGUGAUAACAUUCCUCCUGAUUCGCUCAAGACUAAAGAAAAAGCAAAAGAGAGGGUUUGCAAGAAACUUUCACGACAAAAAUCAGUUUCACAAUAUCAGCCUUACGCCACCUCAUUAAUAGAACAGCAAGAACAAUCUUUAACAGAUAAUAGACUCUCAGUUCAAUCUGUUGAAGAAAAUGACAGAGAAUUAGAACCAUUUGAAAAUGGAAACCCGGGCAUUGCUCUUUCAGAAGAAGUUUUCAUCAAAGAAGUAGCAGACAACACGCGUGCGCCACUUGGUCCUUCGUCUCCAAGCGAGGUGGUGAAUCCGAGUAUGGAACUCUCCAAAGAAACAUCUGAAGGAGAAGAUCUAGAUAAGAAACUGAGAUGUAUCACGGGAAAUGACCAGCAACCAAUGGAUACCUCAGAAGAAAACCUGCAAGAGUCUGGUCCCGGUACGGUCCUGGAACCUGAUAUUGAUCUUAAAGAUCCUAAAGUUCAAGAUGCAUCGAAGAUGAUUCAGCAAGUCUUUCGUCGUAAGAAGUUGCACAGCAAGAGAAGCAAAGGAUCGGUAGAGGACAAAGCAUGCAAAAAAGUACAAGCAAAUAAAGCAAAUUCUUUAAACCAUUUCGCAUCACCUCCAGAUACUCCUAUUACCAAAGAAAUGCAAAAAGUUUCUGAUUCUGAUAGAACUGAUUGCCCUCCGAUUUUAUUUGCCGACACUACAGUGAAUGUCGUAAUAUCUGAUGAUGAACUGGAUAAAAACAUCUUGUCAAACGAACAGCAACUUAAAGACCCAACUGGAAAUAUAUCAUCAACUAAUAGUUUAGAGCCAAUAGACGUUACUCUUGGAAACACACCUGCUACUGUAGGCUACCAAACAUACAAAGGUGUGGUUAUUGUCAAUGAAAAGCUUUCAGGACACCUAGAAAGUAAUCCUAAGCCAACCUCACCGGAAAGGGAAAACAUAACUCGUGCAGAUGCUAACGCCAAUUUUCGAUCACCGCUUGAAAAGAAGCACCCGAUGAAACGAGCUUCAUCGAUUAAAGAAGCAAAUUUGGGCGAUGACAUAGACAUCGAUCUCCUAGAUGCAGAAGUAAAGGAAGUAACUGAAAAACUUAAAUCUCUACCGUCUCCUACGAGGUUUCCAACCAAUGAGGAACUACAGGAUAUAGUGCUAAUAAAUGAAACGGAUUUAGAAUUGAAGAAGCUGAAUAAUCAAAAUUUACCAGAAUCAAAUGAUGCAAAUUUCCCUGUUGACCUAACAGAUGCGCCAUCGGAUACGAAUAAAACCAACAAGUCUGGGACAGAUGUGGACGUAGAUAUUGAUUUAUCAGACCCCGAUGUUCGGAAAACCGUUUUCAAACUUCAAAGUGCCUUUUGGAAAAAGAAGACUAGCAAAAAUAAGACACAAACUACCUCUACUAAGAAAGAUGUACCUGGAAAGAGUGUGGAAACUAAUACUAAUAAUUUGACAUGCCGGAAUAUGAAUGAAAGUGCUACCUCGAAGAAAAAGAAUGGGACCUUGAUUGGAAAUGACAAUGGAAAAGUGGAAUCCGCUAGUGUUGGGUUAAAUCAUUAUGAGCUUGAUACCAAAGUCUAUAAUAGAACUGAAAGAUCGGAAGCACCAACAUCUUCAAUGAAAUGCGAAGAACUUGAGAAAAUAUUUCAAAGUACAAACAAUGAUACGGCAAAAGCACGACCUGAAAUCUUUAAUUCAAACACAGGUAAUCUCGUCUCGACAUCAUCAAAACAGACCACUGAGAUUGACAUAGACCUGAAUGAUACUAAAGUAAAAGAGGUGACAAGGAAAAUUCAGAACAUAUUCAAAAGAAAAAGAACUCCUUCGAAGACGGGUGAGACUCCCAGCAAGGGCGAGUCUAAGAAAUCUCUCACACGUCUGAAGUCGGCUGCUGCCACUUCAAUUGGUUCGAAGCUUCAAACAAUGCCGAUGAUAUCAACCUCGUUUUUAGAUCGCGGUGAAAAGGGAAGAAAGGAAACCAAGGCAUCGAUGGUAUCUGAUGAUUGCCAUGGCAACACUGACGAUGAUGAACGAAUGAUGCAGUCUUCUAAUAGAUACGGUGGAGGAGAACUGGCAAAGGUUAAUGACGAAGUAUCAAAAGAUAACAAAAUAGGCGAGCCACAUGGAACAUUCUGUGAUAAGACGGAAUCGCAAAGGAUAGCAGAAAAUGGCUCACAUCCGAGCGAUGAUGAUCACGACUCCCAAAAGACUGUCUCGGCGGCAUCUGAGCUUUUCUCUCCCAGAAUACCUUGCGAUGAUGGCGGUGGAGUCACAGACCUCAAUGACGCCAUUAGUGCAACUCGUGCUUGCCCCGUCCAGCCCACUUUAGUUGAAGGUGCCAAAGGUGAUAAGUUCACCCUCAACCACGAUUUUAGGAGCUCAGCAUCCGUUCACUACGUCGAUGUCAAUCAACUUCCAAUACUUCCCUCGUCAUCCACGGCGUCGUUGCUGAAAAAUCAGGAUGAAGUUGACAUCGAAAGACUCAUUACGACUACUAUGGCAACUACAGAAAGGAAUGGACAUGUUAACAUAAGCAACAGCCCUAUGCCAUGUUCUCCGACGUCAUUGACCACCGUUCCAGUCAGCCGACGAACCCGAGACCGAGAAGAUGAUGUCGACACCAGUCGUUUGCAAUCAACAUCGACGAGCUACGUCAAUGGAAAACAUUUUCAUGGUUAUCUUGAACAAGUAUCUGAUGACACCGAGUACGAGACUGCAUACUCAGAUUUCUCCGACCGAAUAGACGAACUGGAGAGGACGCUAGUCCAGGAAGAACCGAUACUGAUGAAGACUGCUACUCAACAUCACUCUCCUCGAUUUCUGAUUCGACCAAAUAACGCAUCAUGUUUCCAUGGGGACCAUGCUCGCUUUGUUUGCUGUAUGACGGGCUCACCUCGACCUGACAUCAGCUGGUUUGCUUCCGGUAAGGUCAUCAGACCGGAGAGGAACAACCGUCUGAAAAUCACAGACUACGGCGAAGACAACAAUGAUGACGCAUGCGCAUUGGUGUCUAUCUUGGACAUUGUCGAGGUCAAGUUCGAGGACAAAGGCGAAUACGCAUGUGUAGCAAUCAACCCCCAAGGUCAGGCAUUCUCUUCCGCUCAACUCGAUGUCGAGGAACGAGAUUCUGGGCCAGUUCAACAGUCUAAGAGUGCUGACGUUGAUGGGUUAAGUAGCCAACCUGAAAUAGAGACUUCAGACAGAGAUGAUGAUUUACGUCUGGCGAAACAAGUGCACAUCCCUUCAGCGUCACUUCCCAGCCAGAAGGUUCAAGCACUUGUGGGAUCAAAGGCAACAUUCUUCUGCCCUGUUGAAGGUGAGCCACUCCCGGAAGUGAAAUGGUCAAAAGAUGACACCCAUAUCACAAGUAACCAUGGUGAUGACCGCGUCACUCUCAGAGUUGAAGGUAGCAUUCAUUGUCUUCACAUCCGGGACAUCAUACCCUCUGAUGCUGGUUUGUAUGUCUGCAGUGCCGCCAAUGACAAGGGAAUCGUGCUCUGUGUCAGCCUUUUGGAAGUGCAAGAUUCAACUUGUUGGGCAGAAGAUAGUCGACAAGUGAAACAGAGAACUCCGAUGCUGGUAAUCACAGAACCUGAAAUAUUCAGACAGUUUAUCGGAGAAACCGAAACUGUCGUACCAUCAAAGAUUGGCAAUGAAGGGAGCGUUGUUCCAAAUAAUGAUUUAAAUCAAUCAAACAGCGAAACCUUUGACCAGGUCAGCAGGAACAAGUCUGAUGAAGAAGGGGUUGAUACCACGGUGAAAGAUGUCACUGUUGCAGGUACGACUCAAAGUUAUCAACUAAACUCUGGUGAAAUAACCAACAGAAAUAUGGAUGACAUACUAAACUCAGUUUUGUCCACGUACGAUCCGAGAGAAUUCCAGCAGAAUAUGUACGAUGAUAGACUAAGUGUGACCAGCAAUGACGGUGUGACCCGUAGGCGCAGUGAAACGAACAGCUCGGAGGCCUAUGUUUCAGCAGAAGGACCACGAGGUGAGGAUGAUGAUCCAUUUGAUAAGAGAGUCUAUUUGGGCACACCUGAAGGAGACAAUAUAAGCGAGCUCAAACAUCAUAAAGGUUCAAAGCGGAGGACUUCUCGUCGCAACCAUCUUAAAUCACCAACAAAAGUCAGCCAUUCACUACCAUCAGCUGACAAAGCCAUCACCGAGUUCAUUGAUUUGGACGAGGUUAAUGGUUUCCCGAGAAGUAAGUCAUCUAGAAAGAAACGACCAUCUAGUCGAAGAAAGAAGUCUCCCAUACAUUCGAAGAAUGCAGAACGUGUCAGGUUAGAUCUUGAGAAGGCCGAUGAGCUUACUGAAAAGGUGGAUUCCUGUCUAGACAUAAUCGAUGAUCUGCUGACUCUGACUUCUUAUGAUGAGAAUGAGAAUGAAACGGAAGAAAAAUUGCGUCAAAAGUUGGACACACUGGUUCAAAAAUUCGGCGAUUCUGAAUCAGAUGCAGGAAGUUUGAGCUCUAGAAGGGGUACUCCAUCUCAUCGUAGAAAAGAAAAGUUUAGCAAGGGGGAUCUUCUACAUAUGUCAGACAGCAAUGGGGAAUAUAUCGAUGGAUCAGAUGUGAAUAUCAACGUAUCAAGGAUUCAAAGUGAAGGUAACAUCUGGGGACAGUGUAGUCUUGAGGAUUCGCUGAAGGUAAUGUCAGAACUAGUGGGAAAUAUAGCGGUGACUGUUCGUGAUCAGGGGAUGGAAAAUGAAAGUACUACCCAAGCUCCUCAAGUGGAACAAGUGGCGGAUGGUCAAGAGGAAAAUGUAAACAAUAAUAACAACAGUCUUCGGAAAGCGUUAUUUGGAAGAAGUGCAAUCACUGGUCAGAAAGUCAAAAGAACACCGCUCUGUGAUUUGCUAAAACAAAGUUUGUUCAGCCAAGAGUUGACGAGGAAAAGGGUGCCACGGAGGCCCCUACCUGUCACAAGAUCACUGGACUCGGUUGAUGAUAUUACACAUAUUCACAAUUAUGAUGGAAAGCGGAGGCACAGUUUCGGUAGUUUGUAUCCACCUAGAUAUUCAAGACCAUCACGGAAUCCCCUUCUAAGGACACUAUCGAUUAGGAGAAGGAACCGUGACCAUUCAACAGAUUCAUCUUCCAGCGAUGAUGACAUUCAUGGCAGGUUGCAAGGUCGGACCAUUCUGCGUCGUCCUCGACACAAUGACAAUGGGCAAGCAUGCGGUGACUUUCCAUCUCAUGCCGGAUCUAUCGAUUCUCUGCAGGCCCACCAAGAAGAUAAAUUUCAGCAGUUUCCCGAUGGCGACAGACUGUCUUCUCCAAUCGACUCUGAAGAUUUCAGCGAUUCCAGUUUAGAAGAACACGGAAACCAUUAUCCGCAUAGUACAGAGAGACUACAUAAUCUACAAUUUGAUACGGAUAUCUUUCCGGAGCAUACAAUUGACCAGAGAGCACCUCAUAUGUUAAACGGUACGAUUGACGGCCAUGAAGACAAAAUAGGAAAUGGUACAGAUCAUUCUAAUAGCUGUUUGAAUGAGGAUAACGGCAAUGAUCCUCAGGAUGAUGGAAUUAUGACAGAAAACUCGUCGAAAGUAAUUCCCGAUGAUACGAGACCAGAGGACGGUGGAAACUGUUUAGUGCCCUCAGACCGGUUACAUGAUCACUGUUCAUUUACCAAAGAGAUGAGGCGAACGAUUGACGGAAGCCAUCCUCCUGAUAAUGGAGCCAAUGGGAACAUAAGUGACACUUGCUUUAGUUCUGGUAUGAGCCCGUCGACAGAUAGACAAGACAGCAUAGAUAUGUGAAAGACGAACCAGUCUGCCUUGUUUGUUAGUGCACUAUUCCUAAAUUCCUUGGAAUUGGAAACGUGUCCUGUGUGUUUUAAAAGUGCAAUAUUUCAUACAGAUAUUCGUGAAGAUUUUUUAAAGUUCACCUCUUUUCAGAUUUUCAUUUAAUUUUCUAUUACUAUGUAUAGGGAUAUACAUGUACCAUUGGCUAUAAGUCCAUUUUAUAUAAGUGUUUCAACUCGAUAUGCUGCAGAGGUAGUUUAAGACUGUUCAGGCAGUUCAAAAACUGUCAAGAUAGUCAAGAUAGUCAGUAAAUCUCCCCAAAGUACUGUAUGUACUGGCAAUAGGCAAAAGUUUAAUCAUUUCUAACUCCAAUAGUCAUAUUCAUCACAGUCAAAACAACCCGUUUUUUAUUUAAAAAGGGCUCGUCGUCGAGACCUGAACAAGCCCGUUGCAUUUACUCUUGUAGUAUAUAGUAUGCUUUUUACGUGCCACUAUCAAUUUGCAGGAUAAUUCUCGAGACCCUUGUUUCGCGUGGCGACCUAAACGACGGUAUGAAAGCAUCUAUAUGUGGCCAAAUAACGAAGUUGGGUAGUAAUAUAUGAUUUCAUUAUUUUGUUUACUUUCAUAUUAAUGAGCCAUAUUAUCAUUGACCAUUUCGAACGGAAUCCGAAUCAAAUUGAUUUUGUUCUACAAAAAAGAAGAAAAAUAGAGAAGCAGACUCAUGAAAGUUUGAAUAAUAUUAAUAAAAAAAUAAGAAAGUUAUGCAUCGUGAAAAUGUGUGAUCAAUUUUAUAUGGGAAUUUCAUAUAAUUGUGAUGCGGGGUAUAUAGAGACAUCAUUGUUACCUCCAAUAAUUUUUUUCUCAAGAUUUACUCUAUAUGAACAUAUAACGCAAUAUCUAUCUAUGUUAUAGUUGGUUUAUUGCCCUGAAAUAAAGAUUUUUUAAUAUUGUUGGUGAUCUUAUUUUUAAACAGAAAUUAUGAUAUAUUCAUUGUCUUACGUCUUUUACAUUAAAAAAAAUAAUUUUCCAAUUCAUAUGCUCUAACAAAGGAUGUUUUCUUAGGUGGAUUUUUCUUAUAUGGAGUGUCGUUAGAGACAUAUGAUAAUUUUGAUAAAAGCAAAUAAGGACGCACAAGCUAGAGAUUUUUAAAAACUGAAUUUGAUUAUGGAUUUAUAACCGCCAGUUAUCAGGAUUUGAGGAGAUAGUUGCAUAUCUUCACAAGCAAGAUAUUUUUAAAAACUGCAUUUAAUAAUGGAUUUAUAGCCACCAGUUAUCAGGAUUUGAGGAGAUAGUUGCAUAUCUUCACAAGCAAGAUAUUUUUAAAAACUGCAUUUAAUAAUGGAUUUAUAGCCACCAGUUAUCAGGAUUUGAGGAGAUAGUUGCAUAUCUUCACAAGCAAGAGAUUUUUAAAAACUGCAUUUAAUAAUGGAUUUAUAGCCACCAGUUAUCAGGAUUUGAGGAGAUAGUUGCAUAUCUUCACGAGCAAGAGAUUUUAAAAAACUGCAUUUAAUAAUGGAUUUAUAACCGCCAGUUAUCAGGAUUUGAGGAGAUAGUUGCAUAUCUUCACAAGCAAGAGAUUUUUAAAAACUGCAUUUAAUAAUGGAUUUAUAGCCACCAGUUAUCAGGAUUUGAGGAGAUAGUUGCAUAUUUUCUCCCUCUUUGGAACUUGUUUAUUUGCAGGUAGAAGGGAUGCUUCUUUAAGAAGGGUAUGACUUUAUUGAAGUUACAGAAUAAAAUAUGUCCCACGAUUCCUUCCCCUAUUGCACCACUUAAUCGGCUCACACAAACUUUACCAAAUUCAUUGGUUUCAUCAAGGACUUUGAAAGUACUCCCCGGGUACUCCCUGGUUUCAUGUAGUGUAGAUAAGGCCUGAUCGUGCUCCACUCAUUAGCUCACCGUCGAUGAAAUGAUUGGGAGCCCCCUACCGACGGAAAAUGGAAGUGAUAUCCGUUUUAGGGAGAGGCUUGUGACCCAUUAAAUUUCAUUUGAUGAUAUUCCCAACAGCUUAAUACUAUUUUAGAGAUGUCUUGGAUCAAGAAAAUACGAGGUAUGGGGUUCAAUCCAAAGGCAUCAGAGCCUAAGAUAAUAUCGUGGUAUUGAUGUUGAUGGACAUAAUUAGUCAAAUAUUUGAACGAACCGCCCAUUUCGCAAUAAAACAUU